AUGAGAUUAGAAAACUGGCCGAUUGUCGAAAUGUUCCGGUCGCGGCCCGGCGUGCCCAACUGGCCCAAGUUUGGUCUGUUUGCCGUCGGCGUCAUCGGAUCGGCAUAUCUGGGAUACCGCUAUGCCACUCCUUCCGAAGAAGAUAUUGUGCGACGAAUGAACCCCGAGUUGCGAGAGCGAUACAUGCUGGAGCGAGAUGCUCGGCAGGAGUAUUUCAACGAGUUUGUCAAGGAGGCCAUUGCCCAGUCCAAGACCAACGAGCCCAUCUGGAAGGUUGGGCCCAUGGCUUCCAAGCCCAUUGAUUUCAAUGUGGCUGUGCGAGAAAAGAUGAAGGAGAUCGAGGCUCGAAAUGACCAGGAUCGAAACGAGCGAAUCAAGAACGAGCUGGCUGCCAUCGCCAAGAAGGAGGAAGAGGAAAAGAACAAGAAGGGAUGGUGGUAG